CAUUUGUAACAUAUUGUGUUUUACAGAAAGGUCCUGUUUCAAUUCAAUACGUAGAAACUAGAAAGUGACGGAUACCUGGUGCAUGUUACGGAGGCGAAGAACUGUCAUAAUUACCUUAGGAAUUGUGUGUUCUAUCGUCGUUGUCUUGUCGAUAAAUCUGUACAGGCAAGACAGGGAGGACAAAAAAGCCAAGACGUCUGUGAAAAUCAAAAGACGUACAGUACGAGACCACAUAGACAGCUCGAUCCACGACUCCUUUUACGUUCACCAGUUUGAUCGAAAGUCUCCGGAGCAGACAAAAAUAGCAAGCGAUCACAAUCCUGAAAAUAAUGCCGUAAACAUCUUUCAGUACCAAGAGCUGAAGAGUGCUCCUUGUGUUCCAUUCCAGACAUGGAGGGGGAUGAUAAAAAUAUGUACCCACGACCCAAAGCAAGAUACAAUGAUAUCAGCCUUUGUUCAUGAGUUUGCUACUUGGGAGCAGGAUUUUCUCAAUGCUACUGGGGACAUUUUGACAAAGAACCCACAAAUAACGUUCGUAGAUCUGGGAUGUAACAUUGGAGUGUAUACGCUGUUUGCAGCUAAACUCGGAAUACCGGUCGUGUCGGUGGACAUUUUUGACAAAAAUCUUGCUCUUUUGUCCAAAUCUUUAGAAAUUAAUUCACUGAAAGAAAAUGUUACGUUGGUACAUAACGCCAUUUCGGAUCAACGUCAAAAUGUUACGAUUGAGGUCGUAGAAAAUAAUAUCGGGGGAUCAUAUGUUAAACCCUUAAAAACUGACAGAAUGUCACAGCAAAUCAUCAUCGGGUCAAUUUUGUUGGAUGAUUUAAUUCCACUGAUUAAAACCAAAGACGUUUUUGUGAAAAUGGACAUAGAGGGAACAGAACUUAAAGCUUUAAAAGCGGCAAAGAAUUUCUUUCAAACAGUAAAUGUUAAAGGUAUAUUAAUGGAAUGGGUUUUGCAUAAGAAUAACCCAAGCGGAAAGGAAAUUAUAAAGAUCAUGAUUGACAACGGGUUGAUGCCUUACUGGGAUCACCAACAGUUAGUUCCCUUGAAAAUCGGCGGGUAUAUCUACUGGCCGGAAAAUGUGUUCUGGAUAAAACGAUAAUCUAAAUAACGUAAACAGUGCCAUUAUAUAUUUUAUAAAGAUUAAGGGUCUUUCUUUUAAAAUUGUUAUUUUUUUAUGUAAAAUUUUAUCAUACAAUUUUUAUAUAGAAAUUGUUUAUAUGUUUUAUUACUUGAUUUAUAGUAAAGAAUAUAUAUAUUUUAAAUUGUAUGAGAAUAUAUUUUUGUGAAAUAUAAAAGAAAUGGUCGUAUCUCAUUUUCAGAAUACAAUGAAUGCAAAACAGCACUUUUCUAAAAGAAAUAAGUAAAGGGGCGUGAACACAGAUUUGAAGUUAAUCUGUCUCAAAAAUUUCGAUUUUUAGACGCAAGACUAUUCGAUGUAAAAGGAUUUCUUUUAAACCUAAAUUUUA